UUUCUUUCAAGUGCCAAAAUUAUUUAAGUUUUGAAUGAAACGAAAACAUAAGCAUUGGUGGGGGUUUCAUUCAAAUUAGAAUAGAAAAUGAAAAGCUAAAUUCAUACAAAUUUUAAUUAUUUUGAAAUGUUGCGGUAAUAUAAAAAGUGGCCAGAAAAUUAAAUAAUGAGACAGCCAUCUUUACAAAGGAAUUUUUUGAUUGAAAUUAAGUUCUUUUAGCGAUUAUAGAUGUUUUGCAAUCAAUUCAAAGCGGAAAAAAGUCUAAAAAAUUAUAAAGCAAUAUUUUUCAAUUCCGUACAUUUAUAAAUAUUGCAUAAAAAUUAAUAACAAAUGGAUAAAUUUCCGCGAAGUGAUGAACAAUUAUUAUGCAUAAGUAUUGAAGAGGAUGGUGGGAGAAAUGACGUUGCUAUUAACAAACUUAGUAAACAACAUCAAUUGUUGGAAUCAGGAGAAGAGGCUUCAGGUGCAGGCAUUAAUGUCAAGACAUCGUUGCGUGGUAAAGAAGAGAAAAUUUUAAAUAAAAGCGAUUAUAAAACUAAAUCGGAGUAUGAGGCAGAGGAGUUAUUGGGUUCAGUAAUCACACACAACUGUUUGGGUACACGUACUAGUGCUAGAGUUAUACAGAAGAUGAAACAAGAUCAACAAACUAGGCCUGGUACUCCACCACCUAAUGAACGAGAAACAGCCCCCUCACGCAAAGAUGAACGUACAGUCUUGCAAAAGACGCCGUCACAAGUGCGCGCCAAUAAACCAUCUUGGAAUAAUCUAGAACGUAAUUAUUUUUUUGACGCUCUCAAUGAAUUUGGGAAAGAUUUCGAGGCGAUUGGUAGCUACAUAAACACAAAAUUGAAACGACGCAACCCUGCUACAAAUAUUAGCUGUAAAUCAAAGGAUCAAGUUCGCCAGCACUAUUACCAAACAUAUCAUAAAAUUUGUAAAUAUAUUCGUUUUUCGGAAGAAGUGCGUAAACCAGUCCAGGAAUUAUAUGCUCUUAUUAAUUAUGGUGAAAUGCGUCGUAAAUUGCAAUUUGUUACUGACAAGCAUUUUAUGAAGCUAAGAAAUCUGGUAUAUCAUGGACAUAUCACCGUUAGAUCCAAGGGUAAAAAUAUACGCAUAAAAACUCCCUCAUGUAAAGCGUUACGCAGAUUAAAUCAAUUGGAUGAUUCUCUGGAAGACAUCAAGCUGCCUUCAAAAAUUGAGGUUAUUAUAAGUCCUGCCAAUAUGGAAGCAUUUUGUCGCGUGCAAGCAAUUGCUCAAAAUCCUAGAUGUCGCACUACCGUUCCCUUGCAUAAAAAAUUGGUAAACUUUAUCAAAGCUUUUCAAUAUAAAUGGCGUAGCAAUGAAACGAAAAUAGCUGAGGAAGCAAAAUUAUGUACGAAUAACGGCGAUAGUCAAGUUUCAAGUGGAGCUGCCGUUGAAUUGGGCUAUGUGGAGCCAGAAAUCUGCUUUCUACCCAAACCGGGGAUAACAAUACACCGACCGUUACUAAGUAUAACAGAAUAUUUAAGCAGCGUUAAUAUCUGUUUGACGGCCUAUGAGGAACGUAUAGGCGUAAAAGUUAAAGGCAUUACCUUGAAUAGUGAGCGGACAAAUUCCAGCGCUCUCGCCCUUGCGAGCUCUGGAGCAGCUCUUUCUAUCUUAACGAACCCUAAACGAAUACGCACCGAAAGUGGUUCUGAAAAGCGAUCACCGGAUUCUCAGCUUAAAAGGCAAAAGCCAAACGAUCUAAAUAAUGGUUACGAAACACCUUUAUUAAGUGGGGACGAAUUGCUGGCAGAUGUUGACUUAUUGCAACAUAAAAACGAAAGCAGCGGUGAUGAAUUAAGUGAUGAAAUCCAAGAACUACUCUCCGAUUCCCUAGAUAUGCAAAGCAAUAAAGAAGACUCUGCGGUAAAUGAAAUGACGAAUAAACCUAAUUGUGAAAUGAAAGAUGCAUCGCUGGCGCAUUCUGCUAACGCUGUUGGACGUAACAAACGUCCGAUGAACACGAAGAGUUCUAGAUCAAUCUUUAAACCUUUGCUAAACGAAGAAGUAAUACAGCGUAUAAGAAGUGGUUGGACUAUUUCGACGGCGAGCGAUAUAACUAUAGGCGAUUUGUAUGUAGUUUUGGGUCAUGAUUCUAAACUCGAGUUGGACUAUUAUUGGCCCAGCGAAAACACACGAAAUUCAUUUGCCACGCUAAAUACAUGUAGUAGUUUAAAUACUAUUACCGAUUUGGCCGACUGUGCCUUAACGAGUGUGAAGCCGAAUGGCUUGAGAGACAACGAAGAUUGCCAAAUAAUCAAUAAUUUAAAUAGUUCUACGUUAAGCAAUAAACUAAAGCAUUUGUUGCUUAUAGCUAAUCUCAGUGAACGCCUGCGAAAGCGUCAGUGUCAAUGUGAACGAAAUGUAAAUACGAAAAGUAGGAUUGAACGUGAAUUGGGUAAUCGUACGUUUCUGGCAAAUAAAAUAUAUAAUUACCCCACCAAUAGCUGCGCGAGCGGCUCAGAUAAUCAUAACACAUUCAAACCUCCCCUAGUACCGAUACGAAGGCCAUCAAUAGACCCGAUGAAACAACUAACAAAUCUUACACGCCAAAAAGUAUUAGUUCAAAGACUUUUAUUGCCUACUAAUAGUACUGCAAACAGCAAUAUCGGCAGCGGUAAUAACGCUGCUCAUCCAAUAGAAACUCGAAAAUGUGAUAUAACGCAAAUUUCUCAAGAGAAGGAAGAUAUACAACUUGAGCAAAUCGAUUGCCCUGAAAACCUUAAUGAUGAUAAUAAUGAUGCAGUUAGUAGAAAGGAAUCAUCUGCGUCACCAAUCUCAGAUGAAACGAGUCUGGACGUUAAUGAUUUGGGAGCAAGAUUGCAAGAUUGCUUACAAGAAGCUGAGAAUAUAACAAACGGGCAAGAUUUAACAACCAAUGCCAAUGGAUCUGCAACAGCCAAUAAUGCUUUCGAUGAAUGUUCAAAUACAAGCUUUUUAAAUGCUUUAAGUCCUAUGCAAUUGUUACGUGAGUCCACUUCAAACUCUCGCUGGUUGGAGGAGAAUCUUAACGAUUUCUCUCUAACUAGUUUGUUAGGCCAUUUGGAUGAAAUCAAUGCAAGUCGUGAUAUAUUAGACCCGUCUUCAAAUCUUUCGGUUAUAAGUGAGAGCAGUGUGGACUACAUGCAUAAAUUUCAGGAGAUUAAGGCUUUAUUGCAAUCUCAAGAGAAAGAUUAGCGUUGAAUAAUUUUUAGUAAUUAACUUUUUUUUUUUUUUAAUUGAUACUUAUGAAUUUUCUAUUAAUACUUUUUUUUUAUACCCAUCGCCGCAGUCACUUUGUCACUCCGUCUGUUGUAUGCAGAAAUAGACAUCAGAAGUCCUAUAUCCAAUAUAAAUGUUGCCAAGUCAGUUUGCAUCUUUUUGGCAUUUCUGACUAGAUUCUAGAAAAUCACAUGAGAGGAUAGAUUGAUUUUUUCAAUACAUUUUUAACAAUAAUUCAUCAUUAAUGGCAAUUGUCAGCCCGAAAUAUAGUACAAACAUGCAUAACUUAGGGAGAGGGCAUCUCUCCAGCAUAUGUAAUAAAAUGCUAAAGCUUUAGUAAUUGAAUUUUUAAAAUUAAAAAAUAAUGAAAUUGUUUGAGGUAACGGGUAUCUGAGAUUCGCCAUAAGGCGAAUGUAGCUUUUUAUUAUUAAAUUCUUUUUGUUUUCUUUUGUAUUAUUUUGUGUAUUUACUGUUGAAAUGGGAGAUUGUUUUUUUAAGUAUUACAAAAUUAUUUCUUAAAGAUGUUUUUCGCUAACUUGUUAUUUAUAAAGUUGAGAAUGUAUAAUUUUUUUAACUUAACUCUAAAAAAUGUAAUCUUAACUUGCUCAUAUUUACGUUAUAUGUAACUUUGAUUUUUUCACAUAUAAAAUUUAUGAUCCUGUCUACUAAUCUCCUUAUCACAUAUAACAGACACAAACACACAUACAUACACAUUCAUGAACUUUUGUAGACUGUAGGAACCAUAGCGGAUCAAAAUUUAUAUAAAAAAUAAAAGAAUUUUAAAUAACAUGCCGAGAAUUUGUUUCAUAUUUAUGAGUGAAUAAAAGCCUUAAAUACAGAAAAGCCGGUUGGGUUCUUGAUGACUAGUUAAGAUAAAUUUCAUCAAUGAAAAUGCAAUUGUUUUUUUUUUUUUUACAUUCUUUCUUUUUAUUUUAAAUGUUUGGAUGAACAAAU